AUGCAUGAGAGAAAUCAUGGCAUGUAUUCAACAUGCAACUGCUCCUCAAUCUUCAACAUUGUUAAUACUGGCCCUCUCGUCACUCAUGCGCCUCUCGAGAGCCCACCAGAGAUGCUCGAUGGGGUUGAGAUCCGGGCUUUGAGCGGGCCAGUAGUCAAAACCUCGGAUCUCAUGGCUAUCUUUCCACCACCUCGAGUACGACCCAGUAUGACAGCUGGCGUUGUCCUCUUGGAACACAAAGCUCCUGUUUUGUUCCCGCGAAAGAUUUUGGAACCAAGGGAGGAAGUUCUGAGCCAAAGUGUUCACGCAUUUUUUGCGGGGGUCGAAACGUUUUUGAUUCAAAUUAUUGAACAAUCUCUGCCUUCUGAAGAAGAAAAGUCAUCAUCACUUUGGUUUGAUCAAUACUCAGAAGUACUCAAGCCAACCAUUCGUUUCUUAAACCAAGCAUUUGAUAUCUACAUUAUGUCAUCUAUUCAACCCAUCAAAGUACCGUAUAUGUCUCGGCAACAAAUUUCUUAA